AUGCUAAAAAUUGAGGAAUAUGUUUGCAAUUUAAAAGAAUCUAAAACACUAUUCAAUGAUAAUCUAAGAAUUGAUACACAUCAGUCAUCGGAGUCUUAUGAUAAUACAUAAUUCCAGAAUCCAAUCUAUAAUAUUGUGCCACCUGAAUAUUUUUAAAGUGUAACAGAAAAUAAGUACUCAAAUAUCUUUAGUUCCUACAUUCAAUCCCCAAAACAUGAAGAGCUUUAAUCAACUAUAAAAUAAGCACCUAAAAAAAGAACUUUUUCAUUUGCUGAAUCGUAACAGCAAAACAAGGAUCCUGCAUGUAAUAUUUCAGCAGAUUUUGGAUUAAAUACAUAAAUACCAGUUAAAGGGGAUUCGAAAAAUUACUCUAAAUUUAGUUAAGGGAGUAAUUUAAACUAUAUUGAAACUCCUAAUAAAGAGAAAUGGUAAUCGCAAGACUCAAUGUUGGUUUUGAAUAAUAGCAUACCUUAAUCAAAACUUAGUUCUCCAUAGAAGAAGUAUGUUAAAGUCUAGAAAUUUCAAAACACAAAUUAUAGUUUCGAUGCAAAACAAACUUAAACAACUCAAGUCACAAAUAUUAGUUUAAAAGACAAUAGAGAAUUUGAAUAGAUAUUUAAGGAAUGCUAAAAUAAUUUUGAAAAGAAUAAGGCACGAAAAACAGAAGAAUAUAUAGCCUGUAAUAUAUAAUGA